AUGGCAUCACCAGCACUAACAAUUCGAAAUCUCUCUACGACUCCACUCGAAUUAAAAUCACUGGAACGAUUUGAAUCUGCAGAAGGGAAAGCUAGCGGGGUAAAUAUCACCAGAAUAACCAGAAGUCUUACUGGGUUUAUGUACCUUAACAGCACUCCAACCUCACCACAAUUAGCAGAAAAAGCCGAAAGCUUCAGUCGUCAAGAUGUUUCAAUACCAAUUGCUCCUUUUGAAACCAAAGUUACAGAUGUGGAACCCCAAGGAAACCAAAUCCUGCGAUUGACAUUCGAGACAAAUGGCGAACGAUACCGAAUUGAUACCCCAACCCCAUUGCAUCGCUCAACCGUUCUCACACCUCUCUCGCACAAUCCCACCUACGAAUUUACAGGUGUAUAUCUACCCAAGUACCAUUUUCUCGCAAUCUUCUCCUCAGCCAAAUUAGCAUCAUGGAUGUCCAAUCUCAAAGACGAAACUCCCUUAGCCGCUCUCAGUAUACCCGGUACACAUAAUUCCCCAACGUAUCACGCCGCAUUACCUUCCGUACGCUGUCAAGCUGUCAGUGUGAAGGAGCAACUCAAUAAUGGUAUUCGUUUCCUCGAUAUACGAGUUCAACCACAGGAUCCCAAUGAUCCUGCUGCAGAGGGUCUAAUUCUCGUUCAUAGCGCUUUUCCCGUUUCCCUUACGGGCCACAAAUACUUUCGAGAUUUGGUCAACCAUGUGAAAGUAUUUCUGGAUGCGCAUCCUACGGAAACAGUCAUAAUGUCUAUAAAAAGAGAAGGUGUUGGAAAGGCUACGGAUCAACAGCUUAGUCAAAUUCUCAACCAUCAUUAUACUCAGGAUUCGACUCGCUGGUUCACGGGCAAUCGCAUUCCAGCUCUAGGAGAAGUUCGAGGGAAGAUUGUUGUUAUACGUCGCUUCGGCCUAGACGACUCCUUAAAAGGCGAGAACGAUGGAACAGGUUUAUAUAUCGACGCAGAAAGUUGGCCAGACAACUGUGCAGACGGUGUAUGUACAAGUGGAGAAAUCCGAGUACAAGACUUCUACGAGGUUGCCGAGUCUUCGAAUAUCGAGAAGAAGAUUGGUUAUUCCACUGAUCAGCUCGAAAGAGCUGCUAAAACCAUUGCCGUGCUGUCUGAAGAUUUGGGUGUCGCUAGCGCCGAAUCGGCAAAACAACCAUUCUUCAUGAAUUUCUUGAGUGCCUCGAACUUUUGGAGAGCGAACUGUUGGCCAGACAAGAUUGCAGAAAAGGUUAACCCCGUGAUCGUUGAUUAUCUAUGCAGAAAGCAUAGUGAAACAACUUCCAGUGAGCAGCCAGAUAGUGCAAGUAUAGGUGAUGGUAGUACGGGAAUUGUGGUUUGUGAUUGGGUCGGAACAGAUGGGGACUGGGACUUGGUGAGGUGUAUCUUGGCAAUGAAUGCAAAGCUGGAGCUUAGAGAGAAAGACCGUCCUUCAGAUCCCCCUUCAUAG